GGUGUAGAAAUUAUAUAAUAGGUGGAGAGGGGGUGUGAGUAAGAAAGAAUAGUAAAAUAGUAGAAAUAAUAAAAUUGGGCCUAGUAGAAAGAAAAACCAAUUAAUAGAUAAAGACAUAAUUUUCCUUCAUGGGAAGGAAAUCUCACCUAAUUAUUCCUAUAAGUAGAUUAUGAUUAGGAUAGAAUCAAAUUGAAAAGUAUCUAUCCACUUUUUGCUAAAAAGAAACAAGAGAAAGAAAGAAAAGAUGAGCAAGGGGAAAAGAGAGAUACACGUACGAGAGGGAGAAGAGAAAGAAGAGAAAAGAAAAACUCACAACUGACCUAAGAUAAUUGUUUUUCCAAAACAGCGAUAGAGGAAGAUGGAAGAAGAAAAAGCUGCAGCAUACUACGACGAGCUCACUCGAAAAGGUGAGGGAGCCGCAAAGUUCAAACAAGGUCUCGGCUUUUCCACAUCCACAUCAAACGACGACGUUCCUAAACCCGGUUCAGCUCUUGUUUCUUCCUCUUCAUUUCUCUCACAAUUCGUCAAAGCCUCUUCCUCCUCCACCACUGCAACCACCACCACCGUCCCUUCCGAGCCCGAUAGAAAAUCCCAGCUCCAAUCCAUUCAAAACAAGCUUAAAAAGAAACCUACAACCGAAUCUAGGGUUUCUGAGAAAACAAAUCACGAUUCUUCUUCUAGGGAUAGCGAUAGAAGAAAAAGGCGAAGUAGGAGUAGAAGCAGAGAUAGGUGUAGGGAAAGAGAUAGGGAUGGGGAUAGGGAUUCAAGGAGGAGGAGAAGUAGGAGUAGAGAGAGAUAUAGUAGAUACAGGGAUCGUGAUAGAGAUGCCGAUAGAAGCCGAAGUCGAAGCCAUUCGGAUGGUGAUAGGGGUAGAGAUAGGAGGAAAAGGGAAAAAGGGAGAAGGAGGAGUAGAAGUAGAAGUGUUUCUCCCCGGACACAAUAUCGGUCUGAGGUGAAAUCAAGUGAUGUUAGGGAAAGAGGGAAAAUGAGUGAGAGGACAAAGGGGAAGAAUGCUGGUGUUGAUUAUGCUAAACUAAUUGAUGGUUAUGAUAAUAUGGCACCUGCUGAAAGAGUCAAAGCCAAGAUGAAGCUCCAGCUUUCUGAAACUGCUGCACGUGAUUCAGAAAAAGGUGUGGGCUGGGAGCGAUUUGAAUUCGACAAGGAUGCCCCUCUUGACGAUGAAGAAAUUGAAGUUGCUGAAGAUGAUGCAUCCUUAGUCAAACACAUUGGCCAGAGUUUCCGGUUUUCUGCAAUCGAGUCCAAACGGGAAGAACAAAUUCAAGCUGCUCAUGACGAAGCUAUGUUUGGGGGUACAUCUCAUCCACCUCCCACCACCAGUACAGACAGCGAGCCUGAAAGGAAGAACGAGGAGGUUGAUGAUAAAAAAGACCUUGUUUCAAGCCUUUUAAGUGAAACGGUGCUGGCCAAACAAAAAGGAUCUUGGCGUGACCGGGUUCGUCAGGCAUAGAACUUGGACCUUGAACGCAACACUUCUGAUAGAAAAGCCGGCCAAAUGUAAAAUGAAUAUUGUAGCACAACAUUCAAUUUUGUAACUGGAAUUAGUAUGCAGUUUGCUUUAUUUUUAUAUGUAUGAGUAGGCUUUAACUAUGUAUACAGCUUGUAUAUAUAUGGCUGUUAAGUUAUUGCCAUUAUUUUCAAGCAUAUGCCUCUGGUGAAGUCGGCUAUGUGCACUGAUGAUUAAAAGGAGGAGCGGGAUAUAUGAAACACGUUUGCCUUUCAUGUAAUGUUACUUUCGGAAUUAUUUAUAAAAAAAGGCCAGUUUCAGAACUA